ACGUUAAUUUCUGUCCCCAACAUGGCGAAUGUUGCUAGUUCUGUAGUGGCUGCAGCAGCAGCUGCCGCAAGUAGAGACCCAGCUGUCGAUAGAUCAUUACGAUCAGUGUUUGUUGGAAACAUUCCGUAUGAAGCCACAGAGGAGCAGCUGAAAGACAUAUUUUCUGAAGUCGGACUUGUUGUCAGCUUCAGGUUAGUGUAUGACAGGGAAACGGGAAAGCCAAAGGGAUAUGGCUUCUGUGAAUACCAAGACCAGGAGACGGCUCUUAGCGCCAUGCGGAACCUGAAUGGAAGAGAGUUCAGCGGUCGAGCUCUCAGAGUUGACAAUGCAGCUAGUGAGAAAAACAAGGAAGAACUUAAAAGUUUGGGAACAGGAGCCCCCAUUUUUGAGUCUCCUUAUGGAGAUGGUGUUGCACCAGAAGAGGCUCCAGAGUCCAUCAGCAGAGCUGUGGCCAGUCUGCCUCCUGAGCAGAUGUUUGAACUCAUGAAGCAGAUGAAGCUGUGUGUGCAAAACAGUCCCCAGGAGGCGAGGAACAUGCUGCUGCAGAACCCCCAGCUGGCCUACGCUCUGCUGCAGGCUCAGGUGGUCAUGAGGAUUGUCGACCCUGAGAUUGCCUUGAAAAUGCUCCACCGUCAAACUACAGUGCAGCCGUUGGUUCCCAGUGCACAGGGGGGAGCAGCACCACCACCAGUCAAUCCUCCCACCGUUCAGCCCAGUGUCCCCGUGCCCCAGCCGCAGCCUCUGCCUGGAAUGCACAUCAAUGGAGCCCCUCAGAUGAUGCAGCCUCCCAACAUGGGUGUUGUCCCCGGGCCAGGACCAGGGCCUGGACCAGGACCUGCACCUGGACCGGGUGGACUUCCAGGAAACCUGCAUCAUUCUCCCACAGGAUCGGCCGGUCCAGCUGCCAUGGAGCGGCCUCCAGGACCAGGCGGGAUCCCCCACAGAGGGCUUCUGGGAGACGGCCCCAACGACCCCAGAGGAGGACUUAUGCUGAACGCCAGCGGAGAGGUCAUCGACCCCAACCGGGCUUACAUGGCAGCUCCCCCCCCUCACCAAGCCCCACCUGUACACGUACCAUCCAUGAUAAGUGGACCCCCACCAGAAAUGAGGGGACCUCCUAUGGGUGAACCACGAACCAUGAUGGUGGACCCACGAGGACCCCCCAUGAUUGAGCCUCGAGGACCACCGAUGGAAGCUCGAGGCCGCGAUCCGAGGGCGAUGGAUGCUCGCGGACCAGUAACCGGUCAGAGGGUUCCCAUGGUAACGGGGAUGCAAGGUCCCGUUCCCCACGGCAUGGGUCCAAACGUUCCUCCCCCUGCGAGACCGCAGGGUCCUGGUAUGUCUGGGGUCCCCCCAUCAGGAGGAGGUUUCAGUCCAGGACAGAGUCAGGUUUCCACACAGGACCAGGAGAAGGCGGCCCUGAUCAUGCAGGUCCUUCAGCUGACCCCAGAACAGAUCGCCAUGCUGCCCCCGGAGCAGCGGCAGAGCAUCCUCAUCCUCAAAGAGCAGAUCCAGAAAACUGCCAGCGGGGCUCCUUAAGUCUGAAACUCUGAGAUCAGAGGUGACGUCUGCGUCCCUUCUUCUCCUGGCAGCAUCAUGAAGCUUUCUGCUGUUACUGAACAACUUAAGAUUUUCCUGCCUUUCCAUCAUCAGGUCACACGUCUGGUCGGACUCCUGCUCCACCUGGAGGCGUCUCAUCCUCACCUGGAUUAUUGUGCUUUCUGUUCUUUGUAAGAAAAUAGUCAAAUAAGAGCAUCUUGUGAGAGGAGCAUGCUUUAGUCUUUUUGUUAUUCUUCUGAGCAAACUGUUGUGUUUUUGUCAAUAAAACAACAAAAACGUU